ACUACAAUUAUUUAGAUCUGUUUGAUUACAUUUUUGGCUUUUCUUUUUCCUUCUCUUCUCUUUAAAACAGGGGGAAGUAAAGUACCAGAUUUUGGAAGAACAGACUAAUAUUAUAAGAUUUUCCUUGGAAAAUUCAGGGUGUUGAAGGCCCCACUUCUUGCCGUAUGCUUUUAUGAUCCAUCUUCCCAGGGAAGUUUCAGCAGCCCUAAGUGAGUUUUAUUCAACUAAUACAUCCAAACUCUUCAAAAGCUGUCCAUUACUUCUAUGCCAUGUUUUACGUCAAUCAGAGGAAAAGAAAAGUUAAAUAAUUUGGCUACAUUAACUUUUAUUCAACUAAAACACAAUCCAUCCAUUUCUUUGUACAUGUAGAUCAACAAAAGUUGAUACGUCGAUGAUUCCUCUUUUAGUAAAAGCAAAUUGCAUCUGAAGAUUUAUUCAUGUUUUUUCCAUAACGUGUAAAUCAUAAAUGGUUUCUAGGAUUUGCUGUCAUACAUUUAUUUUGGUGAAGACAAUCUCUGUUCAAACAGUGGCCUCAAAUGAAAGGAGAUCUCUCAUGCAAAGAGAAUUAAAAAUUAUUGGACAAUCUCCAGUUGAAGGGAUGAAUUGGAAAGAAGAAAGGGGGAAAACAUUUAUCAAAUUGUGGAACACUAGAAAACACAUCCCAAAGUACCAAAGUACAUUCAUGUACUCUCUCUCUCUCUAGGUUUAUUCUUCAUAGUCACGUGUCUCUAGAGAGAGAGAGAAAGAGAGAUUAUUAUGUGAAGUGGAAGCAAAACUGUAGUUCUUUGUUAUACAGAGACAAUGAUUACCUUGUGAGUGAAGAAAAAUGCAAAAAAAAGACAAGAAUUGAGUCAAAGACAAGAAGACCAACCAUCCCCUUCUUCUCUUUCUUCCUCCUCCUCCUCUCUCUCUCUCUCUCUCUCUCUCCAUAGAGAGACACAUACACAAAUGGAGGUCCCCCUCCAAUCCGUUUUCCACUCCACCUAUCAACCAACCAACACAAUCUUCUCUCUCUCUCUCUCUCUUAACACAUAUUCACAAUUCAAACCUAUAUUCUUCAAGCAACCAAAGCAUCCCCAACCAUCUCCAUCAUCAUCACCCUUACCACGCCAUGAAGCCUUCUCUUUUUCUCUCUCUUUUUUCUCUUUACACACACACAUAUAUAUACAAAUCUCCAUGCAGUGACCAAACCCAGUUGGGGAAAAAAACCUGAAACAUCAGAAAAAAUCUGAGAGAAGAAUGAGGAAGCCAGAGGCAGUUCUUGGGAAAGAGAAUGCUGAGAAGAACAAAUACCGUAAAGGCCUGUGGUCCCCGGAGGAGGAUGAGAAGCUAAUGAGGUAUAUGUUGAACAAUGGGCAGGGCUGUUGGAGUGAUAUUGCUAGGAAUGCAGGGCUUCAGAGAUGUGGGAAGAGUUGUCGUCUUCGUUGGAUUAAUUAUCUUAGACCUGAUCUUAAACGCGGAGCUUUCUCUCCUCAGGAAGAAGAGCUUAUUGUUCAUUUGCAUUCUCUUAUUGGCAACAGGUGGUCUCAAAUCGCAUCUCGUUUGCCCGGACGAACCGACAAUGAAAUAAAGAAUUUUUGGAAUUCCACAUUAAAGAAAAGGUUAAAAAACAACCUCUCUUCCUCUCCAUACAACCAUGAAUCAUCAGAUCCUAGAUUGGACAUGAUGUUUGGAGGAAUAAUGGCAAUGCAAGAACAUGACAUAAUGAGUAUGAACAUGAGCAUGGAUUCAUCGUCGACCUCCUCAUCCUCUUCCCAAUUACCGUUUUCUGCAACAGGACACAAUUCCUUCGACGGUUCAUCCAUGCCAUUUCUUGACAACCACUUUGAAAUGGCCUCUAUGGCUGGAAACACCAAUGGCUUUCUACAAGCCCCAUUGACAGAAAUGGGAAUGGGAAUGAGAUCAAUGGAAGAGAGGUUUAGAUAUGGAAGUUUGGAGGCACAGAGAUCAAUGGAGCUUGAGAGAGAAGUGCUAUGUGUUCCACAUGAAGAGAUGAACCACCCUCCACUAAUGAACAAUAGAAGCAGUUUUGAUCAGUAUUUGGGUACAAAUGAGCAGAAUUUGAAUGUGGAGGAGAUGUUUGGAGAUAUGGGAAGCCAUGGACAAUUACAAGAAAGCUUGAAGAUGGGUAAUGAAUGGGACUUGGAGAGUUUCAUGCAAGAUAUAUCCUCAUUUCCUCAUUUUCUUUGAUUUUUUUCAACCUUUGCCUCCCUCUAAAAUUCUAUAAAUCUUCAUUUAUUUUAUAAUUUUUUUUGAGGGACAACAAAAAACCCACACACACACACACACAUUCUUUAUCCCUCAUUUUCUCCCUCAUCAAAACCCAAAAAGAAAAAGCCUAUUUUUCCCCACCCUAAGUUUCAUAUAAAAGGCUUUUCAAAGCCAUUUAGGAAAUUUUUGGGGAAACCACCAACCAUAUAAAUAUAAAUAUAUAUAUUUUUUCCCUUAAAUGAUUUCUUAUUUGUGUCAAUAAAAUCCCACGAAAGAAAGAAAAUAAAUAAAUAAAAAAAAUUGUUUUUUUGGAUGGCCAUGGCGUUGAAGCCCAUGAGAGGAAUGGGAAAUGAAAGAGAAAACUUUUGGUUUUGGUGUUUGUGUCUUUGGAUCAAAAGCAGAGAGUUUUAGAGAGAAGAGUAGAUUUGGAAGAUAAAGUAGUGUUUUUACAUGCAAAAGAAAAGAAAAAAAGCCUUUUGUUCUAAAAAUAUCCCAACUUGAGAGAGAGAUUUUGGUAUCUUCAAGCCAUGGUCUUUUGUUAGCAGUUAGCACCAUGAAAUAAUAGUAGCAGCAGCAAAUAAAACAAUGGUUGGAUCAUUUGUUGUUUUUUUAAUCAUUUAUGUGUACAAAUUCAAACUUACAUAAGAGAUAUUAUAUAUAUUACACAACACAUCUCUCCCUUGAUCAGACAA